AAUUGUAUGCAAGCUUCCUGUGCCUUGGUUUUAGGCUGGCUGUGACGGUCACUCAAGGGCGGGAUCCGCUCCGAUGAGUGUGAGCUCCGUAUCUUCUCGAUAAUGAUAAAUAUCGCCAUAUCCCCUUCCACAACUUCAACAAAAACCGCUUCUGCUAAGACAGACAAGCCUCCUGACAACGAAGGUAAGCCACUGAAUUUGACAAGCAGGGCUCACCAACUUUACAAAUCAACUAACACAUGAUCAGGCCCUAGAUUGUGAUCGAAAAGCAUUAAACUCAUAGUGUGCUGUGUACUCUGUAUGGUGCCUUUCAGUCCUGAUCCAGCACCAACAGCUAAUCUGAACAAAGCAGAAUUUUAGAAUGAAACUUUCCGUGUACCUGUGUUUCCUCCUCAGUGCAGUAUAUGUCGCCGCUGGCGCCAUACCGAAGAACAAACGUGAUAAUGAAAUUAAGAAAACUUGUGAGAAAAAGUGCCGGGAGAUCCACCGCGAGAGGGUUUCGAAGUGUGAGGGCUUGAAAGAUGGGAAGGAUAAGUGUCUUAAAUCAGCUGCUCUACUGGGCUCUGACAAAGGCCAAAAGCAGUGUGUCGUACCCUGUGUAGCCAGUAUAUUUGGGCCGCAUAAGGGAGGGUUAUUUGCCGAUUUUUAUUCUUAGAGAAAAGUGUCAUAAGUUGAAAUAAACAAAACACACGAACUUUGUGAUGUGCAUGAGUUUGUUGUGGCCUGGCACCAUUCAUCCACUCAAAAACAGUGCUUGAGAUUCUCCUUUACACAGCCCCCCCUUUUAGCCAGUCAUGUUUGCAUCGAGUAGCCUUUGAACCGCGG